GGGGAGGGGGCGCGCUGAGCUUCGCCCCGGGCCACUGCCGCCACCAUGACGCUCAAAUCCGACCGGAGUGACAGCAUGAGCAGCAUGAGGACGGCGCUCUCCGACCUUUACCUGGAGCACCUGCUGCAGAACAGGCCUAAGGCCGAGGCCGUUCCGUGCCCGUUGAAUGCAGUGACAGAGGACAUUUACACCAACGGCUCAGCCAUGCUGGGCAGCCCGGCCCACAUGAAUGGCCGGGAGGUGCGGAAAAUGAGGUUCAUCCAGUUUGAGAAGGUCACGGAAGAGCCCAUGGGCAUCACGCUGAAGCUGAAUGAGAAGAAGAGCUGCAUGGUGGCCAGGAUCCUCCAUGGGGGCAUGAUUCACAGGCAAGGCUCCCUUCACAUGGGGGACGAGAUCCUAGAAAUCAAUGGGAAAAGUGUCGCCAACCACUCCGUAGACCAGCUGCAGAAGAUACUGAAAGAAACCAAGGGGACGGUCUCCCUAAAGGUCAUUCCCAACCAGCAGAGCCGCAUUCCCGCCCUCCAGAUGUUCAUGAGAGCCCAGUUUGACUAUGACCCCCGGAAGGACAACCUGAUCCCUUGCAAAGAAGCGGGGCUGAAGUUCCAAACGGGCGACGUCAUUGAGAUCAUCAACAAGGACGACAGUAAUUGGUGGCAAGGCCGGGUGGAGAGCUCCCCCAACGGAUCGGCUGGCCUCAUCCCCUCCCUGGAGUUACAAGAAUGGCGUGUUGCCAGCGUGACCCAGGGCAACCCCAGCGAGGCCCAGAGCUGCAGCCCUUUUGGAAAGAAGAAGAAAUGCAAAGACAAGUACCUGGCAAAACACAGCUCAAUUUUUGACCAGCUGGACGUGGUGUCUUACGAGGAGGUAGUGAGGCUGCCGGCUUUCAAGCGGAAGACCCUGGUGCUUAUAGGGGCCAGUGGCGUGGGCCGAAGCCACAUUAAGAACACCCUGCUCAGCAAGAACCCUGAGAAGUUUGGAUACCCCAUUCCAUACACCACCCGGCCCCAGAAGAAGGCCGAGGUGGAUGGGAAAGUCUACCACUUCGUCUCCACAGAGGAAAUGACUAAAGACAUCUCUGCCAAUGAAUUCCUGGAGUUCGGGAGUUACCAGGGUAAUAUGUUUGGUACCAAAUUUGAAUCCGUGCACAAGAUUCACCAGCAGGACAAAAUCGCAAUUCUGGACAUUGAGCCACAGACCCUGAAGAUCAUCCACACUGCAGAGUUCUCCCCUUUCAUUGUGUUUAUUGCUCCCCCGGACAAGGCUGAUCAGUCAGAAACCCUGCAACAGCUUCAGAAGGAUUCAGAGGCCAUCCGGAGCCGAUACGCCCACUAUUUUGACCUGUCGCUGGUGAACAACGGUGUGGAGGAGAGCCUUGAGCAACUCCAGGCGGCCUUUGAGCGUGCUUGCAGCUCUCUGCAGUGGGUUCCUGUUUCCUGGGUGUACUGAGCUGGCCCUGUGCUGGCAGGAGUAACUCCCAGAACCCCCUCAAAACAGCAUGUUGAGGACACCGGAGGGUCACCCAUUUCCCUGCCCUAUGCUUCAUCCAAUGCACAGCCCUUUUGCCCUUUCCUCAGAGCUGCUGCUGUUACUGCCAGGGCAAAAGUCCCAAACUUGCAGCCGCAAACACUCACAGAAGACGACGUGUGUGCAUUUGUUGUCUGACAGGUCUCACACCUGCAAAUUCUGGCAACAGGGGCAAUAAAUUAGGACGUCUGUCCUGUAAGACCCUAAGGGUGUCUUCACACCUUGACACUAAGAGCACCUUCUGGGUGAAAGCCAUAAGCUGUGAAUGUAAAGAGGGGAAAGCUGAGCUCUUUUCAGUUUUAAAUUGAACAGGACGGCCUCAGUUUAGGAAAAUUGUUGAUUUCUUGGCAUCACUGGGAAUAAGGGGGCUCCUUCCACAAACACUUCUGCUCUUUUAACCAACACCCCCUCAGUGUUACACAUAUAAGUGUUGAGGGGAUGGUGCUUUGAAUUUUACACCUCAGCUCCUCCUACUGUAGGAAGAAUAGGCAUAUAUAGUGAUUAGCAUCCCAUUUUCCAGGUGUGUGGACAGUCACCUGCCCAAAGCUAUAUGCAGUUGGAUGUUUGAGCUCAGAGACAGAAAAGGGUAUGGCUGUGAGGAAUAGGUUCAUGGAAACCAGAGAAGCAGCUACCUAUUUUUAAGCCGGGGGAAGAGGAUGCGGGAAAGACAAUCCAUCAUCGAGACAUAGCUUGACUUUUCUCAGCACCGGCAUGGGGUAACCUGUAGAGAUGAUCCUGACAUAUUCUCAUGAGUUAGGGAAGCUCACCUGUGAUAUGCAAGAAUGCCCCAUCAUUUUUGCCUCUACUAAGAAAGUUAAUGGAGUGACUUUGUUCCACCUGCACGCUUCCCUCCACCCACGAACACAAUUUAGGGGAGGGGGGUUGCUCAAAUAGCUGUCCACAUCUAACACAAGGUCAUUUUGUGUAACUAGCAGCAGCGGCCAAAGGGAGAAUGCCUGGACAUGUAAUAAGCCUCAUGUUUUUGAGGAUGCCAAAAAAAAAAAAAAAAAAGCCAAUGAUGUGCAAUAGGGACCGUUGGUUGUGUCCAUUACAGGGAAAACAACAAGCAGCAAUAAAGUGUGUUAAACUAU